AUGCAUUCCUUGCGUAUUGAUGCAUUGUACACUGAUGUUCUCGUAAAAACAAUAUGUUCUCCAUUGCGAAAAGAUAUCCUCACGCAGCAAGUUUUCCCUCGUGAUUUUCUCAUUGCUAUUAAAGACACGAAUGAUAAAUCGUCUAAGGGAACUCAAGACAAGGUCGCAGUGAGCGGAAUGCCACGGACUACUGCUUAUGCGUACCGGAAUGCCUUUUUGUGGGAACAAGUUGAAUUGAAGUCACCCAGUAAAGUAUCAGGGAAACUGUCAGUUAACUCGCGCGAACUACUUUUUGAAAAAGGCAAUUAUCUGCUACGAGCGCUGUAUCAAAAUCUGUCCGACUUGUUUAAAUGCUCUGGUAAAUUUGGUUUGCGAUAUGUUUCAAGCAAACAACACAAAACUGAAACCGAAAAAGAUAAAUGUUUCUUUUCUUCUACUGCUAUCUGUUUUGGUAUGCCUAAUGAUGGAUUAUAUGCACUACAAACUAAAGGUCAAAUGUCGCGGCUUUGUUAUCAUUUGAGCCCCAUUGUCCAAGGUACUGAGGUUGAGGGUGCGAUGCAACAGCUGAUGGCUCGGUUUCGCAUGGUCUACAUCCCACAGAAUCUUCGGGCUACCCAACAAUUGCUUUGGCAAUCGGCACAACUACGUGAAGUGUUUUUGCCGAACAAAGGAAUGACAAAGACAAAGAAGAAAUACCUCACCACUUAG